AUGGACGAUCUAUUCAAGCCCAUCAAGACCACCCGCAAGGUGCAGAGCAAUAUCGACAAGUUCGAGACCUUGUCGCUGAAGGAUCCCGUGCCCGCAUCGCCCCCGGCUAGUACUAAAUCUAAGAUAUCUGUUCUCGGCGUCGGUGACGACGCAAGCGACACGAUUAGUCUCCGACCAUCGGUUGACACGUCUAAGAGUCCAACGUCUGCAGAGGUGCGGCAGGCAAAUCACAAGCGUCACAACUCCACCGCUUUCCUUCAAAAGACUUAUUUGGGCAAAGCGCCACCUACGUCGCUACCCGACGAUGCACUUGAGAUUCUGAGGAAUCAACCAAACAGUGAAGAAUUAGCGGCUGUUCUACAGUAUCUCCAGUACGGAAUUGAAGGGAGACAUGACUUCAAUAUUCACGUCCCGAGCCCGAAGGCCUCUCAGAUCAUCAAUGUACUCGUCACGGUCACCGUUCCAGACCACUGGUUUCAUUUGCAACCAGCUACGCUCUCGAGCGCAGACGCGCAGCUCAAGGCAAUACUGGUCUCAUCUCUUACUAGUGUCGCCGGAAUUGGUGCACUCCUCAUGCAAAUCCGACGGCUUUCAUCUAUCGGCGCCGGCCAAGACAAGUCGCUGCUUCAAGACACAAGCUUCGUUCUGUCGUCAGUCCUUGGUGGCAAUAUGAUCAUAUCGAAAUUUCUGUCCCAUGCUAGUAAGACUGUUCCCACAGACACACAGCGCCGUGUCUUCUGGCAAGAAGCUACUGCUUUGCUAGCAGGUAGCAAGAUCCUCACUACCAUGUCCCAAGUCUUUGCCACCCAUUGGGAUUUGAAUGGGUUCGGAGAGAACGGGAAAUGGCUGGGAGACGGAAGUGAGUACUCGAGGUGGCUUGCACGUAACAUCUCAAAUGCAGCAACAAGCCUCACCGCACUACCUCACUCCAGUUCUCAACAGAUAAGUCUUCUGUGCCAGGUGCUGAAGCGUGGGCUUAAUCUUGGAUAUCGUGAUACAUUAAUUAGCGAGCUGUAUACUUCACUUCUUCUUGAAAAGGCAGCGCUGUGGACUUCUAUGCAUAUUUUAAUCAAGGGCCUUCCAGUGUACGACCAAAGAGUCGUCUUUGAUACCAUCCUACGAGACCUUGCGCGGCGAUUUUUACAAAGUGGAGCAGAUAUCGUAGCACCUAAGGAAUUACUGGUGACAAUUACACCCGCAGUCGGGGGAGUGGCAGCCAUGAUUAAUGGGCUUGUGCAAAACAAUCCCAUACUGGAGGCAUAUAUUAUCCAUUGGCUAACAAGCACCAAUGGGGAGUGUGCUGGACUCGGUCUGAAUGCUCGUAGGGCUGUCAUUGCAACUCUGGCGACGAGUCAAGACAAGCUCGAGGAAGUCCUUGUGAGAACUCUGGACAACUUCGGGAAUAAGUUGCAAAUUCAACAUGAGGCUAUUAUCCAGCAGGAGUGUGGUGGCAGAACCUGUGCUUACGUGUGGGCUCUUGUAGCAACGGCUCAAACAAUUCUGCUGGCUUUCGGCUACUUAAACCGUUUGGACCACGAUUCAGUUAAAAAAUUGGCGGGAUCCAGUCCUUUCGUUCGUGGGGUUUCCAAUCGUCUUUCUGCAUCGGUUCCUCGCGCCCGGUUUUUAGGGAUGAUCGUCGCAGUCGCAGUCUCGAGACUAGUGGAUGAGCCAGACAAAGUCAUGAAUUUCGGCGUCGAAGAGAUGGAAGGAGAGGAGGCGCAGCGAUGGAUUGAUCUUACCAACAUUCAAGACACAGUUGGGAGUUUGGAACAGCUGCCGAAGAAACCAGCCGAGCCCGUGAAGAAGCGGCCUUUGCAGAAUAGCUCAACAGCUGCCCGCCGUAAACGAUUCUCCACAGGGUCGCGCACCCAAGGCUCCAAGGUCGUAGCUAUCGAAGAACUAUCCGAUUCAGCCGGAGAGGAGGAUUUACGCCCUUAUCCACUGCCAGAUAGCGACCCUUCCGACUCAGAUGAAGACCCUACUCUGGUCAACCGGAAGAAACCCACUCCUCCCGUCUACAUCACGGCUCUCAUCCAGCAGCUCAACGCUACUGACGACCCUUCUGUGGUUGAGCUGGCCCUUAAGACCGCUCCAUCUUUGAUACGCCGAAAAGCCAACUUUGGCGACGAAUUGUCGGCCAAUAUCUUUCAAUUGGCUUCGUCUCUUGUCAAUGUCCAGGAAGGCAUGUCACAGGAACAUAUGCAGCAAUUGAGACUAGAGGCCAUAAUCGCAUGUCUGAUUUCAAAGCCCAAGAUCAUGGGGCCCUGGGUCGUUAGCACCUACUUCGAAGGGGAUUUCUCCCUAUCGACACGCGCGGCCCUAUUGGCAGCGGUAUCUCUAGGGUGUAGAGAGCUGGCGGGGAUUGACGAUGAUAUCAAUGUAUCAUCUGCGACCAAACACACAACCGAACCAUCCUUUCCCUCAAAUCGACUGCCACCUCGGCUUGAACCGAUCUAUUCCUCCACAGCACCUGUCGACACCAUCUCAUCGACACUUUCCUAUCGCACACUUCAGCCAAUGGCUCUUCAAGCUGCUGACAAGCUCACCGGGCCGGACGUUCUCAAGGUCCGUACUUUCUCUUCACGGAUGGAAGUUGCCGCCAAAACAGCUGCAAAGCUCGAGGCCCGCUCAAAGCGCAUUCCAAAGGACCUGCACAAGGUUCUUGCAGAAGCACUUUAUCUGCCACUUGUUUCGCGACUGACGCUUUUCCUCACCUCGCUGGUCACAUCACCUUACCUAGCAAACUCCAUGCUUCUACACCCCUCCUUGCUAAAACUGAGCCUGCAGACACUCGUCGUCCUCAUUUCCACCAUAGGUCCGAACGCUUUGCAGCUCUCCGACCUGACCCGCGAAUCUCUUCUAAUGUUGACAACGCUCCAUACUUUGCCUUCGCUAGCACAUGACCCAAUCAUUCUCCCUCCUAUUCUUCACCUGAUCCUCACCCUGCUGGAUCUGAACAUCGAAGCUGGCAAAAUAUCUGAAGAACGCCUGGUCACAGACUUUGGCCCCAUGAUUGCUGAACUAGUAUCGUGGACUAGCAGCCUCGGAGAUCGCGUUUCGAUCCCUGAAGUCGAUGGGGAUCCAGGUUUGGGAAUGGGAAUGCCAUGGCCUGUUCUUGUUGCAGGGAUACAAGUCAAGUGGCAGGAGGUUGGACGAAAAUUCCAGGGGACGAUAUUGGGUUUGAUGGCAGGCACGGAUUUCGACUCCUUCUAG